AUGGGUAAAAAAGCCCCGAAGUCUGCGCGCAAGUUUGCAGCCAGUGGUCAGCUGAAGAAGACCAUUGACGCAAGGCGGAAACACCAGCAAAUCAAGAAGAAAAUGCAGAGUAAAAAGACCAAGCAGGAUGCCCAGAAGGGAAAGUACAGAAGUGGGCCGCAUGCAUCGGAUGACGAUGAGGCGGAACUGGAAGGGGGACCAAAAGCUUCGACGUCCAAGGCUGCGUCGGUCAAUGACCUUUUGAACGCUAAAUUCAUGGACGAGUCUGACGAUCAAGAGGAUGCGGGGUCGUUAGAGGAGGGGUCCGAAAGCGACCAGGACGACGGAGAUGAGGACGCCUUCGAAGAUGAGAGUGAAUUUGGCGAUGUUGAUGAACUCGAAGACGAGGGAGAGGCCCACGUACUCGAACUACAAAAGCUUGCGGAGAAGGAUCCCGAGUUCUACAAGUACUUGCAGGAGAACGACCGCGAGCUGCUCGAAUUCCGACCAGAUACGGAGAUGGGCGAUGCCGACAUAGACGAUGAUGCUUCCAUGGGCGACGAGCCCGCAGAUGAGAAGGCACCGUCACUUACUCUGACACAGCUGACGAAAUGGCAGAAGGCUCUACUGGAUCACCGUUCAUUAAAAGCGUUACGGAAACUUCUAAUUGCUUUCCGUGCAGCUGCGCACAUGAAUGAGGAUACACCUCUUGCUUGGUCUAUUGACAGUCCCUCUGUGUACAGCAAACUGGUGACCACGGCCCUGCGGUAUACACCCGUGGUGCUGCAACACCACAUCCCCUAUAAAGAACUGCCUAACGGUAAAUUCAAACCCCCAACCCAGAAUAAAAAGCAGAAGACGCUGCAAAAACUCAUCUUGUCGUACUUCCACAACGCCAUCCACCUCAUCUCACAGCUGACCGAGACGGAUAUGAUACGACUAGCUGUGACAGAGACAGCGAAGAUCGUCCCUUACAUUAUAACCAGUCGGAAAGCCGUGAAGCUGUAUCUGAAGACGUGCUUGGGAUUAUGGUCAAGCGCAGAGGACAGUAUACGGAUUGCCACAUUCCUUGCCAUUCGCCGGCUAUCGACUGCGUCGGAUGAAUCCAUACUGGACAUGGUACUCAAGGGUACGUACCUUACACUGGUCCGUAGCUCCAAGUCGACAUCGCCGCACACGCUUCCAUCCAUAAAUCUUAUGAAAAAUUCGGCGUCGGAAAUCUACAGUCUACCCUUCGCGCAAGGAGCUGCUUACCAGCACGCUUUCGGCUAUAUACGCCAGCUUGCCAUUCUUUUGCGAAACAGCAUGAAAGUGAAGAGCAAGGAAGGAUUCAAACAAGUGUACAACUGGCAGUAUGUGCAUAGCAUCGACUUUUGGUGCAUAGUGCUGGCUAGAGCGUGCGAUACCGAGACUCGCGCUGAGGAAGGUGGAGCAGAAAGCGAACUCAAACCUUUGAUCUAUCCUCUCGUCCAAGUCGCCCUGGGAGCGAUGAAGUUGAUAUCCGCGUCGCGGUCUUACCCCUUCCAUCUGCACUUAUUGCGCUCACUGCUGCAUCUAAUAAGGCAUACUGGAAUAUAUGUUCCCCUGGCACCUCACCUCCUGGCCAUAAUCAAUACUGCGUUAUCUCCAUCACAUUCUAGGAAGGCAGCGACGUUGCGACCCCUGGAUCUCGAGACAAAUAUCCGGGCACCCCAGCAGUACCUCAAGACCCGGGUCUACGCUGAGGGUCUCGCGGAGGAAGCGACAUAUCUGUUGGCGGAGUGGUUCGCCGUAAGACCAGUCGUCUCCAGCAUAGCGCUCCCCGAAAUCGCCUUCCCCGUGGUGACUUCCCUGCGUAAGGCUGUAAAGGGUGCAAAAUCCGCGGGAUCAAGGGCACCCUCGGGUAAGGAGGUUGGUGUGAUUAAGGGGCUGAUUGAGAGGGUCGAGGACAACGUGAAGUGGACGGAACAAAAACGCAAAGACGUCACCUUCGCACCGGGAAAGAUGGCGGAGGUGGAGGCAUGGGAGAGUAACGUGAAGGUGGACCAGACCCCGCUUGGCAAGUUCGUCAAAGUGCAGCGGAAGACGAGGGAAAACAGGCGGAAGCUUGUCGAUAAGGCUAGGGUUGGUGAGGACGAGAUUCUCGAUGAGUAGACUGCUUUGCUCGUGGGCCGGUCUCUUUACGGGACGUCAGCCGCGAAUGCAUCCCGUCGUUAGUUACCGGCAUACGCAUGUCGUAAGUCCCUUGUCCGCACCGCAGAGAGCCAUCCGGUCCGAUCCUUGAUAUGAUGCCAAUGGAGCCUCAGACUCGAGAUCAUCCCGUUCUCAGAGUCGUAUCUCAUCGAUGAAUUGCCAACGGCAGGAUCUGUCGCUGCUCA